CCCGGAAACGUUCUGUAAACACACGUGCGUUCGCAGUGAACGCUUAGCAGUUAAAACAUGGAUUUCGUUGAGGUGCCGGUGUCUGAAGAUGCGCCCAGCUUUAAGGGUAAAGGUAAAAAACAAAAGAAGCAAAAGAAAAGUGAAGAGAAAUCAGCUGAAAAUGACCCAGAACUGUCGGAAGCCGCAGAACCUUUAGGCUCCUCUCUGCCUCCUACAUUCAGCCUGUCGGAAAUAAAAAAUAAACAGCGAAGACAUCUUAUGUUUAUGAAGCUCAAGCAGGAGAAAAGAAAGCAAAAAUUGCAGUUAAGAAAGAAAAGAAAAAAGGAGAGAGAAGCACUUGGUGAUAAGGCACCGCCGAAAGAAGUUCCAAAGACUAUUGAAAAUCAGAGAAUAUACGACGAGACUGUAGUAGACCCAGAAGAUGAAGAGGUGGCUUUUGAUGAAGGGACAGAUGAGUUCUCGGCGUACUUUAACAAACUUGUAAACCCUAAAGUUCUUAUAACCACCUCAGACAGACCAAGAGGCAGAACUGUACGGUUUUGUGAGCAGUUAGCUACAGUCGUACCAAAUGCACAUGUGUACUACAGAAGAGGUCUUGCUUUGAAGAAGAUCAUUCCUCAGUGUAUAUCACGAGACUUCACUUAUCUCAUGGUCAUCAACGAAGACAGAAAGAUGCCAAAUGGUUUAGUUCUUUGUCACCUUCCUGAUGGGCCGACUGCACAUUUUAAAGUCAGCAGUGUUCGACUCCGAAAAGAGAUGAAGAGAAAAGGAAAGGCACCAACAGAACACCACCCAGAGGUCAUACUGAAUAACUUCACCACUAGACUGGGCCACAGCAUCGGCCGUAUGUUUGCUGCAUUAUUUCCUCAGGAUCCACAGUUUGUUGGUCGACAGGUUGCCACGUUCCACAACCAGCGAGACUUUAUCUUCUUCAGGUUUCACAGAUACAUUUUCAAAAAUGAGAAGAAAGUGGGUAUCCAGGAACUAGGGCCCCGGUUCACUCUUAAGCUACGGUCACUGCAGAAAGGGACAUUUGACUCCAAGUUUGGAGAGUAUGAAUGGGUUCAUAAGCGCCAUGAAAUGGACACAAGCAGAAGAAAAUUCCAUCUUUAAAGACCUAGGGGAAUAAAAUGUCAUCCACAUAAGAUGAUUUUGAUCGUAACAUUUAAAAUGCAACAGAUUAAUUUGUUUUUAUUGUAAAAAUAUACCAGUUGCAAUUCUGAUAA